AUGGCGACUCUCCGCGAAACACUCACGAUUGUCAAGCAGAUGGGCGACCUCUUUGCCGGAGAGGUAGAUGCUGCUGGAUACAGCAAAUACGCAUUUGAGCCAGACAAUUCUCCCUCCGACUUCGCCUUUCUCAGCACUGACGCCGAAAUGGCCCGAGAGGAGCUCAUCGCGGCAGCCGAACGGGUCUUGCUCCUCGCGCGAGGUCCCCAAGGCAGCCUCGGCGAGUAUCGUCAAACGGGCCUCGUCAUGGGAACCGUCCACUCGCUCAUCGAGAUGGGAAUUCCCGAACUGAUUCCUCUGGGUCAAGCAAUUCACUUUGAAAAGCUGGCCAGGGGUGCUAAAAUGGCCGUGGAAUUGCUGCGCCGACUGGUGUCUCUGGCCAGUGCGUCAGGCUUCCUGCGCCGCGAUGGUGAUUACGUCCGACACAGUGCCAUGUCGGCUUGCCUGGUACAAGAUGUCUACACGGCCGAUGCCACGCGGUUCAUGCUCGGAGUCGAUAUGCGCGCCAAUGCCUACGUGGCCGCCUCGGUCGUCCGUGAUCCCACCGGCCAGACCCCUGAGAGCGCUCCCUUCGCGCUGUCCUUGCAGGCCAGCGGCCCAAAACCGACCACGUACUGGGAUUUCUUGGAGCAGAACCCCAUCGAAUGUCGUCGCUUCCGCCAGAUAAUGGAGAAACUCAGUGCCGCUCCGACCCGGUCAGUCGCGGCCGUUCCAAUGGCGUUCGACUGGACCCAGGUCAACACGGUUGUUGAUGUGGGAGGUUCCGGCGGACAUGCAGCGCUUGCUAUCACCGAACAAUACAAACACCUCCAGAUCACCGUCCAGGACCUGGACGAGGUGCUGAAACAACGCCCUUUGCUGACCAGCAAUGAUGGCUCCCGCAUCUCUUUCAUGGCGCACGACUUCCACCUCCCGCAGCCGAUUGUCGCUGAUGCCUAUCUGCUGCGGUUCGUCUUGCACGACUGGCCGGACCGUGUCUGCCAGGAUAUCAUCCGCAAUCUCCUGCCGGCCUUGCGCCCCGGUGCCCGUGUGAUGGUAAUGGAGUUGACGCUGCCGGAGCCGGGCACACUGCCGGGCUGGCUGGAGAAGAUUAUGUACAUCAACGAUAUAGCUAUGUUUGCGCUGUGCAGUGGGCAAGAGCGCUCAGUGCGGCAGCUGCGGUCGUUAAUAGAGACAUGCGAGCCGCGGUUGGAGUUCGAGGCGGCGACCACGCCCCCAGAGAGUCAUUCUACGUUACUCAGCUGGAUUAUGCGUUAG